AUGAGCGACGCAUCAAACCAACCUGAGCGCGCGGCGUCUCUCACACCAGAGAUGAUCGACUUUGCUAGCAAAAUGUACGAAGCUGCUAGACAAGGCGACGUGUCCACCUUUGAACAGGCUCUUCCUGCAGGUCUGCCACCAAACCUUACCAACGACAAGGGCGACACUCUGCUCAUGCUGGCUGCGUACCACGGCCAUGCUGAUCUAGUCAAGGUUCUUAUCCAGCAUGGCGCUGACCCUAAUCGCUUGAACGAUCGAGGUCAGAGUCCUCUUGCAGGCGCUGUUUUUAAGAAGGAAGACGCAGUCAUUCACGAGUUGCUGGAAGGUGGCGCCGAUCCUGAAUACGGCCAACCUAGUGCUGCGGAAUGUGUCACCAUGUUCAAGCAGGAAGACACAUGGAAGGAGAAGUUUGAUGCUGCCCCUGGAAAGGGACAAGCAGGAAAGACGCGAUGGGCGGAUAAGAAAGAUUGA